GAAAUCCUUGAGCGGCAUUUACUGUGAAUCGGGAUGCAGCCGUAAAAGACAAAGCAUAUUUUGCAAAAAGGAAUGUCAAAGUAGAGACCAACGUGCACAAAGAAAAUACUCGGGUUGACAGUUGCUGUUCAUUCUUCAGGGAUUUGUUUUAUUUACUGUGUCGCGUUUGCCUUCGAUACGUGGGCAUUUAAGAAAAGCAAGAAGGUCUGUUGUUUUGAGUGAGGGUCCUUGCAAGCGUUUCUGACACCCAUCAUGGGUUUUAUUGCCUAUCUGAAGACACAGUUUAUAUUGCACUUGCUUAUCAGCUUUGUGUUUGUUGUGAGCGGACUGAUCAUAAACUUCAUUCAGCUAUGCACACUGACACUUUGGCCGAUUAACAAGCAACUUUACCGCAGGGUCAACUGCCGCCUUUCAUAUUCAUUAUGGAGCCAACUGGUGAUGUUAUUGGAGUGGUGGUCAGGUACAGAAUGUACUCUCUUCACUGAAAAAGAAACCGUGGAUCAAUUUGGAAAAGAACAUGUCCUCAUCAUCCUUAAUCAUAACUUUGAAAUUGAUUUCCUCUGUGGAUGGACCAUUUGUGAGCGAUUUGGAGUGUUAGGGAGUUCAAAGGUUCUUGCAAAGCACGAACUAUUGAAAGUGCCAUUAAUUGGAUGGACCUGGUACUUCUUGGAAAUAGUAUUUUGUAAGAGGAAAUGGGAAGAGGAUAGAGACACAGUGGUUCAAGGACUCAAAAAUCUUGUAGACUAUCCAGAAUGCAUGUGGUUCCUUUUGUACUGUGAAGGUACUCGCUUUACAGAGAAAAAACAUCAGAUUAGUAUGCAAGUUGCUGAAUCAAAGGGUUUGCCUAAACUAAAGUACCAUUUGCUGCCCAGGACCAAAGGGUUCACUACUACUGUGCAGUGUCUCAGGGGAACAGCUUCAGCUGUCUAUGAUGUAACCCUUAACUUUAGAGACAAGAAGAAUCCUUCCCUAUUAGGAAUUUUAUAUGGGAAGAAAUAUCAAGCAGAUAUGUGUGUCAGGAGGUUUCCUUUAGAAGACAUUCCUGAAAAUGAGACCGAAUGUGCUGCCUGGCUUCAUAGACUCUAUCAAGAGAAGGAUACUCUACAGGAGCAUUAUGAAAAAGAAGGCACAUUUCCUGGGCCACAAUACAAACCACCUAGGAGACCAUGGACUUUGCUAAAUUUUUUUUUCUGGACAGUCGUUCUCCUCUCCCCUCUUUUUAAUUUUGCUAUUGGAGUAUUUGUAAGUGGCUCACCUCUUCUUAUUGUUGGAUUUAUGUCAUUUAUUGGAAUAGCAUGCUUUGCUGUACGACGGCUUAUAGGAGUGACUGAGAUUGAAAAAGGUUCAAGUUAUGGGAAUCAAGAGUUCAAGAAAAACAAGUAAUCCCUCCCUAAAACUUUUCUCUGAAUUCUACAAGGAAAAGAAGAAUUAACUAAAAUAUCUCAAAAUCAGCAUAUUUAAAUGUGACGUAAUCAGGCUGGAACAGCUACUAUUCAGUUUUUUCUCCAUAAAACAAUGCAAGUUUAUUAAUUGUGUGAAGAGGUACUUUUGAUCUAUUUUUAUUAACCCUAAUAAUUAAGGCCUUUGGUGAAAAAAGCUGCUCUAUUUGAAUUAAUCCAAAUAUUAUCUUCACUUGAUUCUUCGUUUCAUAAGAUCAUUUUGUUCUCCGUCCAAAAUGAAUUUUUCCAGCCUUGAGAUGCAGUGGUGUCUGGUUAUAUUUAUUCCAGUCAAACUAUGAAUCAGAAAUCACUUCACAGAUUUAACUGAAUUCUUUGCAGGAUUUUAUCCUUUUUGCUUCAUGCCUGUGAAUAAAAGUACUGUAUUAUG